AUGUUAAAACCCGACACCGAUCCAGAGGAGGGCAUCUUCUCCGGCGCGGAUUGGCGCGACUUCGUUCUCCCCGGCGGUGUCCGUCUAGCCAUGGGCUUUGAAGAUAAAGGGCCGUUUUUUGACAACGCGAUCAAUAGCCACGUGGCGCCGUUCUAUCUUGCAUUCAAAGACGAAGUGGCCCAACAGGUGGAACCGUUCGUCAGGGAGCUUUGCGGAUUCGAGGACCCGUGGUGUUUGCCUUGUUUGUUGUUGAGAUGCGCAGUUCCGGGAGCCGAGUCGUCGCCUGUGCAUUACGAUCAGAUCUUCCUCCGCACGGCACCGCCGACUAGUAUCACUGCUUGGGUGCCGAUCGGGGAUACUGAGAGAAAAGGAGGCGGAUUGAUCUAUCUGCACCGGUCGCAUGAUCUGGGAAAGCAGUAUGAGGAUGAUUUCACGCGUCUGAAUGCGAAUCUUACCGAUGCGCAAAAGAUUUCGGCAGUCAAUCAGAGUAUGAACAAGGGUGGGUGGCUUGAUCGGAACUCGUCACAGUUUGGAAAGAACUGGGGUCGGGAGUGGUUUGUGGGCGAGUAUGAGGCUGGUGAUAUCGUGUUUCAUACCCCAUACAUGAUCCAUGCUGGCGCCAUGAAUGAGUCGGAAAAGGGUCGGGUUCGAGUAUCAGCCGACCUUCGCUUUGUAGACAAACGCCAGCCGUUCGAUGAACGAUGGACAAUGGCAGCCUUCAGCGAGGAAGACCCCAAUCUGGCUCGCAAGAUUGAGAGACGUAAAUAG